AUGGGGGAGAAUUGGGGAACACGCAUCAUAAGCAACACCGAGACUGCAAAUUAUCCAUACAAAAUUGAAGAGAUAAAGCAGGUUCAGGAAAUUUCCACCACAAGCCCUCUGAAAUCAAGCAAAGAUACCAGCAGGCAGACAGAGAGGCAAAGCAGCAGCGGCAGCGGCUCCUCCUGUCAACGGGGGGCGGCAGGUCCGGAGCAGCCGGUGGUCCCCGUCCCGCACUCCAGCCCAUGUGGCCACUGUCACUGUCGCCAUGGUUCUGCGGUAUGUACGAAGGCAGGAAAGGCGAUUGUCUCCCGACAGUUCGUGGAAAUGACCCGGACUCAGAUAGAGGGCUUAUUAGCAGCUUUCCCGAAGCUUAUGAACACGGGCAAGCAGCACACGUUCGUUGAAACGGAGAGUGUGCGCUACAUCUACCAGCCCAUGGAGAAACUGUACAUGGUGCUAAUCACCACCAAAAACAGCAACAUACUGGAGGACCUGGAGACACUGUGGCUCUUCUAGCGAGUGAUUCCUGAAUAUUGCCGAGCCUUAGAGGAGAAUGAAAUAUCCGAGCACUGUUUUGAUUUGAAUUUUGCUUUUGAUGAAAUUGUCGCCCUGGGAUACCGGGAGAAUGUCAACUUGGCACAGAUCAGAACCUUCACAGGAAUGGAUUCUCAUAAAGAGAAGGUGUUUAGAGCAGUCAGAGAGACUCAAGAACGAGAUGCCAAGGCAGAAAUGCGGCGUAAAGCCAAGGAAUUACAACAGGCCCGAAGAGAUGCAGAGAGACAGGGCAAGAAGGCACCAGGUUUCGGAGGAUUUGGAAACUCUGCGGUAUCUGGAGGCAGCACAGCUGCCAUGAUCACAGAGACCAUCAUAGAAACUGAUAAGCCAAAAGUGGCACCUGCCCCAGCCAGACCUUCUGGCCCCAGCAAGGCUUUGAAACUUGGAAAGGAAGUAGAUAACUUCGUGGACAAGUUAAAAUCUGAAGGCGAAACCAUCGUGUCCUCCAGUAUGGGCAAGCGCCCCUCCGAAGCAGCCAAAGUGCAUGCUUCACCCAUUAAGAUGGAAAGUGUGCACAUGAAGAUAGAAGAAAAGAUCACAUUGACCUGCGGAGGAGAUGGAGGGUUACAGAAUAUGGAGUUGCACGGGAUGAUUAUGCUUCGGAUCUCGGAUGAUAAAUUUGGCCGAAUUCGCCUUCAUGUGGAAAACGACGACAAGAAAGGGGUGAAGCUACAGACACAUCCAAAUGUAGACAAAAAACUUUUCACUGCGCAAUUUCUUAUUGGCUUGAAGAAUCCAGAGAAGUCAUUUCCAGUUAACAGUGAUGUGGGGGUGCUAAAAUGGAGAUUACAGUCCACAGAGGAUUCUUUUAUUCCACUGACAAUUAAUUGCUGGCCCUCAGAGAGUGGAAAUGGCUGUGAUGUCAACAUUGAGUAUGAACUACAAGAAGACAAUUUAGAGUUGAAUGAUGUGGUUAUCACUAUACCACUCCCAUCUGGUGUUGGUGCACCUGCCAUUGGUGAGAUUGAUGGCGAGUAUCGGCAUGACAGUCCGCGAAAUACCUUGGAGUGGUGCCUUCUGGUGAUUGAUGCCAAAAACAAGAGAUGCAGCCUGGAGUUUAGCAUUGCUGGGCAGCCCAACGACUUCUUCCCUGUUCAAGUCUCCUUCAUCUCCAAAAAGAAUUACUGCAACAUACAGGUAACCAAAGUGACCCAGGUAGAUGGAAACAACCCUGUAAGGUUCUCCACAGAGACCAUCUUCCUAGUGAAUAACUAUGAAAUCCUGUAAUACCAUGAUGAGGAAACCGAAAAGGAAAAGUUUGAAAUUAAUAAAGAAGAAGCCAACA